AUGAUCGCUGAAAUAUUACUUGUCCUAGCGGGUCAUUCCUCGUCGCUAUUCCCGACGGGGGAUAAGCUCCACCAGGACUUUGUACCGUAUCUCCAUCCCGGCGAACAACAUUGCCUCGUUGCUCUAGGCCAUAUUGCCCUAUCUUAUCGAAAUAUAAAAGCAGCCUGCGCCAGAUUAUCUCAAUCCCCCUCCCGGUACAUAUGCGCGUUCUGUGCAAAACUCAACGAAAUUCUAAGGGACGAAUACGAGGCACUCGUCGUCGAGACGGAAGCAAAGAUUCUGCAGAAAGAUGCCAGUUAUGUUGGAAGAGGAUCGUUCGUACCCCUAAGCGCCAUACGUGCAACCUUUGCAGAAUGGGAGACUCCUUUUAUUGCAGUUGAAUCAUUGGUCUCCCAACUGGAGAAGGAAGGGCCAUGGCCAGCUGGCAAACUCAUUGAUCUGCUUCUUGUCCGAUCAGAGACUGGGAGUCAUCGGGUAUCAUAUAUCAUGUCCCGCCUUGCUGAAGCCGUGCAAAAGAUUUGGCGGACACAACUAUCCGCAUUUUUGGUCCAUGGGUCAUUGUCUACCGUUGAGCCGCUAGCGAACGAGACCUACGCGCUUCACGAUGAAGCUUUCCCUUCUCGAGUGUCGCCUUCCGCAAGGGAGUCAAUAGUCUACGUCGGAAGAGCAAUCGGAACUGUAAAAGCAAUGAAAUGGCACCGACAGAUUCCGAGCACUGUGGCUCUAAGUCAUGCAAGGCUGAUUAACAGCGUACUCCCUCAAGAUCAACAUGCCUUUGAGGAAGUCAUCUCUCAGAUUCGAGCAAAUGUUAGCGAAUGGCUUUGGUCAAAUGUAUUGACAAUGCCCGAUGUGGAGGAUGCUCUCGAGUCAUUAGCAAACUACUUCCUCAUGCAAAAUGGGGAAUUUGGGCUUUCUCUGAUUAGAGAAUUUGACAGGUUAAAGAACUCCAGACUUACGGCACGCUCAGGACCAGGCACGCUCAUCCGCGAACAAGACCUCCAUCUUGCGCUUCUUCGCGCUUCGCUAGGUACUUCGGCUCAGCACGAUCCAAGUCUCUCGCGCAUUCGAUUUCAACUGCCCAAUGGACCCGUCCGCCCCCUUCUUCCUGCACUGAGUCAAUCUACCGUCCCUACACUAUCCUCGUCGCAAUUGGGAGUCGAACAAGUCCGCUUUGAUGAUGUAUUACUAGGCUUUCCCCUGAGAAUGACAUAUGGAAUAUCGUGGCCCUUAGACCUCUUCCUCCAGACAUCGGACCUCACGAUAUACGCGGAACUCUUCGCCUUCCUCUCAUCUCUCCGACAUGUACACACCCGUGUACAUUCUUGCUGGGCUACACUGUCGAACUCGCAACGUGCACGACGUCGAUGGACGGGCCUUGAUGAAGGUGGAACCGCAGACUCGGAGGCUCGUAAGGAGCUUUUACGAUGCGGAUGGGGCGUUGUUAGACUAAUGGGCUGGUUUUUGGACGUCCUCUUGGGUUAUCUGAUGAAUGAUGUUGUGGAGACAGAGUUCCAACGGCUGAAAGGACUACUCAAGUCCAGCGGAAACUUGGUAGGGAGUAAGAGUUCUGACACGAUGCGGCAGUCGAAGUCUACGGCAUCACAAGCACUUUCAGCGUCAGCGUCAAAAGACAACGUAGCCUCUUCGUCGAAAAACUUGGACUUCACGACUUUACGGAACCUGCAUACGACGUACUUAGAUCGGCUCCUUUCUGCGAGUUUAUUGACGCAGCCUGCACUUGCCGCAACGAUCCGUUCGAUUUUUGAUGUCUGCGAGCGAUUCGUUGGUCUUGUGGAACGAUGGGGUGACGUACUUCCGGGUUUACUGACAGAAGGCAGUAUAUCCGAGGGUGUUUCCGGCUCUGUUGGUCGACUUGUCAAGGAGAGGCAGGAAGUUGUGAAGGAGAUUGAUCAGAAUAUCAAGGCACUCCUUGAGACUUUCUACGAGCAACUAUCUUCGACGACUUCCCAGCCAUUGAACAUCACUGACGCAUCCAAAAGUAUCUUCAUGAACGCGACUGUCGCGAAUUUCUCGAAUUCACUUCGAACGUCGGUAAGGGGAAGAACUAAAGGGAUGGAAGGAGAUGGCGAAACUCGACGACGCAUUGAACGGCUCCUCUUGCGUCUGGACUUUAAUAGGUUAUUUUCUAAGCCUGGUAUUGGGGAGAUGGCUGUGCCGAGAGAGUCGCUGGACAUCCUGAAGGAAGGUGGUCUAGCUUGAGAUUUGGUGUCAUUGAAAGAAUAUACUUCAUUUCAUAUUUACUUUAUUAUAUCCGCUGUAUUUUAUAUCAUGUACAGUAAUCGUAAC